AUGAGUCCAGUCCUCCCCUGGCUCUGCCCAGCGCCCGAUUGGCUCGGCAGCCCGGGGGGGACCGAUAAGGGCGGCUAUAAAACGCUCGCAGCUCGCGGUCCCCCAGCGAGCAGCAGCCAGAGGGGCCACCCGGAUCCUCCGCACAUCCCUGCGCUCAUCCCCGGCCUCGCCAGGAUCCUCCCGCCUUCCUUCCCUCCCUCGCUUCCAGCUCCACAUCUUCGCUCAAGCCCGAGUGCAAGAGGAGAGGCGCACACGUCCAAAAAAAAAAAAAAAAAAUUAAAAAAAAAAAACCCACACUUAGCGGAAACUUGUCAAAGAAUGCUCCUAAAGUCUGGUUUGCUGCUGCUGCUGCUGAUCAGUGCAUCCGCAUCCCACGAAGCCGAGCAGAAUGACUCUGUGAGCCCCAGGAAAGCGCGGGUGGCGGCGCAGAACUCAGCUGAGGUGGUUCGGUGCCUGAACAGUGCCCUCCAGGUGGGCUGCGGAGCCUUCGCCUGCCUGGAGAACUCCACGUGUGACACGGACGGGAUGUACGACAUCUGCAAAUCCUUCCUCUACAGCGCUGCUAAAUUCGACACUCAGGGAAAGGCGUUCGUGAAGGAGAGCCUGAAGUGCAUCGCCAACGGGGUGACCUCCAAGGUGUUCCUGGCCAUCCGCAGGUGCUCCACGUUCCAGAGGAUGAUCUCGGAGGUGCAGGAGGAGUGCUACAGCAAGCUGGACCUGUGCGGCAUCGCCCGCCGCAACCCCGAGGCCAUCACCGAGGUGGUGCAGCUCCCAAACCACUUCUCCAACCGGUAG